CUUCCUUUAUAUUAUCAGAUUUUAAAAAAGAUUAUGUGAUGGUGAAUCAUGUAUUUCUUGGUCUCUGGCCUCUUAAACAGGUUGUGCUUUAAGAAGACCAUAGGGAAGAACACUUUUUCUUGCCGUAGAAGUUGCAAUAGAAAAUCUGUGCAGGUUUGAAAGGGCCAAUGAGUGUUCUCAUCGUCGAAGCAUUCUAUGGAGGGUCCCAUAAACAGCUGGUGGAUCUGCUCCAAGAAGACUUGGAGAACUGUGUCCUUUAUACCCUUCCUGCAAAGAAGUGGCAUUGGAGAGCACGGACAUCGGCUUUGUACUUCUCUCAGAAUAUUCCGAUGAGUGAGCAUUACAGGAUCCUCUUUGCAAGCUCUGUGCUUAACCUGACUGAACUGGUUGCCCUUCGGUCUGACCUUGGGAAAUUGAAAAAGAUUUUGUACUUCCACGAGAACCAAUUGGUAUAUCCUGUCAAGAAAUGUAAGGAGAGGGAUUUCCAAUACGGAUACAACCAAAUUCUCUCAUGCCUGGUAGCUGAUGUGGUGGUAUUCAACUCGGUUUUUAAUAUGGAGUCAUUUCUCACUAAUAUUGGAAAAUUUAUGAAGCUGAUUCCUGAUCACAGACCCAAGGACCUGGAAAGCAUCAUCAGACCCAAGUGCCAAGUUAUUUACUUUCCCUUAAGGUUUCCUGAUGUGAGCAGAUUCAUGCCCAAGCACAAAACAAGACAUUUACAGAAGAUGCUCAACCUUAAAGGAAACGGUGGUGCAGCUUCAACCGUGGCACUUCCUUUCCAACGGGAGCAGGGAAGUUCUGAGAAUUUAUUGAAGAAUUUUGAUGCAGAGCCUGGACCGUGUGAUGCUGCACAAGAAGAAAACCUGGGCAGCUCAUUCAUGCAGGAGUCAUAUUUGAAAACAUGCAACUUGUCAAAAAAUUCAAGCUCUCGUCGUGGGGAAAAGGAACAGAAUCCACAUGACAGUCUGAGUGGAGGUGAUGAUCAAUCAAGACCACUGCACAUUGUCUGGCCUCAUAGGUGGGAACAUGAUAAAGAUCCAGAGAGUUUUUUUAAGGCAUUAAUGCAUCUUAAGGACUUAAGACUCAAUUUCCAUGUAUCUGUCCUUGGAGAAACCUUCACAGAUGUCCCAGAUAUAUUUUCAGAGUCCAAAAAGGCACUGGGAUCGUCUGUCUUACACUGGGGCUACUUACCCAGCAGAGAUGACUAUUUCCACGUAUUGUGCAUGGCUGACGUUGUCGUCUCAACAGCUAAGCAUGAAUUCUUUGGCGUGGCAAUGUUGGAAGCUGUGUAUUGUGGUUGUUACCCACUUUGUCCCAAAGAUUUGGUGUAUCCUGAAAUAUUUCCAGCUGAAUAUCUGUAUUCUACACCUGAACAGCUUUUUAAAAGGCUCCAGAAUUUCUGCAAGAGACCAGAUAUUGUAAGGAAACAUCUCUAUAAGGGUGAAAUGACUCCUUUUUCCUGGGCAGCCCUACAUGGGAAAUUCAGGUCUCUGCUUACAACAGAACCUAGGGAAGAUUUGUGACAGAUGGGGCUAAGUCACAAACUUGCAGCCUAAGGCAGAAUCUGUAGAACUUUCCAGAGUGUGCCCAUAUUUACCUGAUCAGAGAGAAAAGAAAAUCUGCAGAGGAAGCUGAGCCUGGCUGCUUGUCAUAGCUGACACAGAGCCAUCUGCCACAAACCUGUGGCGGCUUCAGAUCUCCAAUCCCUGCCACCACCCCAACUCAAAUUAAAUACAGAUUCCUAGAGACGUUAUGAUGGUUACACAUGUCCUCGGCAUCACAUGGAGGAGACUGUUCAAAAAAAAUAUGUGGCCUGUUGUAUAACCGCACUCAUGUAUCCCAUAUGUGGUGCCACAUUGAAUUUCCGGUUGAAUCCGUUUUUAUCCUUUGUACUGGAUGACAUGGUGCCUGAAUUCUUUCUUUUCGCCGACACGAUGGCAGCCAAACUGCAGCUUCAAACGCUCGCACUUGGCUGGGUUUCUACCUAGGUUGCCAGGUUAUCAUCGGAGCCUUCUUGUGUCCUCAAAGGGCCACAGGGUCUGAAAGGAGGAGCAGAAUGCUAUGGGACUAAUUGGGCAGCCAUCUCAGAAUCGUUUAUGGCAAAGGGCUGCUUGAGCACUUUUCUUUUAGCAAAUUAAUGACUCUGGCACAGGGGUUUGUAAGUGAAGGUAUUAAUAAGGGGCCUGGCAGGUAUUCCCAUGAUUCACAGAGUUACAUUUGCAUUUAAUUUAUCUUAAAGAAAGUUGCAAGAUAAACAGCUGUAAUUCGAACAAACACGGGAAAUACAAUGAGCGCAGCCACCUAGGCCAUAAAAUGAACACUGAGGUACUUAUUUUAAUUUUUUUUCAUGGGUUAAAAUAGAGAAAUCAAAAUAUCUUAACAAAACCAGUAACUUUGACAUAAAUACUCCUUGAAUAUAUUUGGAUCCAGCUACACAUAUAAUAUUUUCAAGAUAAAUCACUAUGAUUCCAAUUGUCAAGCUGCUGUGUUUGUUGAUAUAAAGAUGUUUUGAAUGGCUAGAUUGUAAAAUAUAUUUUUAAUAAAGUGCCCUCUGCCAUUUGUAAUUAACAUCUCUCAUUUUCGUAAGUGUGUAUGUACAUCUAUCUGUAUGUUUCUCACUGACACACUUUCCUUGUGUCAAGAGACAGCGGAUACAAUUGUUUCUUUUCCGGAUGAACAAGGAUCUGUUUUGCAAAUGUUUGUAAGAUAUUAUGACAUUUCCAAGAUUUUCUUUGCAUUCUGGAAAGCAGGAGGUAAACAUUUGUAGUCAUUAAGGUAAAGUCUGUUGAUAAACCAUCUUCUGUUUACUGACAGGUAAAUUGUAACUUUACUAGCUUUUGAAAUGAGUUACUUCUAUACACUGUAGCUUGAGGAUCAGCCAAGAAGAGGAGGGUAGACUAGGGCUGUCUGUGGUCUAACAGGCUUCCUAUGUAGAGCAGGAAAUGGAUUGGAAGUCCAGUAGGGCCCAUUGGCAGGGAGUAAAAGCAUAAGCAGGUAAUAGAUCAAGGUCAGGGAGCCAGAUAGAGCCCUCAUCACCGAGACACUUGCAGAUCAAAGAAAGCAGGAAUUCAGGGUCUGGGAAUGAGGCCUGGGAAUUUAAAAGCCGAGAGUAGGAAGCAGAAACAACAAGCUCCAUCUUUGCAUAGAUAGUCCUCUCCCUAACUAGUGUGAAAUCUGUAAUGUAUGAUGAUACAUCACAGCCCAGGCUUCGAGUCCUAGCUUGUGGGAAAGUCAGUAAACAAAUGACCUCCUCACCCACAAACCAAAAUGCUCAGGGAUUAUUUUGGAAGUCCCUUCCAAUCUAAGACUGUGGAACUUGGAAUCUGUCAAGUGUGUUCCUUCUAAGUGCAAAAGUAAAGAUAUAACUAUGCAUCAGAGAUUUUUAGGUACUUCUCCAGAACAGUGUUUAUCAUCUAAGGAGAUGCACUAAACCAGUAAGGUUUCUUCAGUCACAAAGGUGCCAUGUCAUAGAUGACAUCUUCUCAAAUUAUUAUAAUCUCACAGCCAAGAGCCAGUGCUUGGUUUACUAUGUUUUUCUAUCCUGAAAAUAAUGGGCUCACAUUUUGUGAUGGCAAGAUAUUGUAUGCACAAUCACUAUCCAUAUAUAUUUUCCCAUUGAUUGAUGGAGGGGAAAAAAUUUACCUUUCAGAGAGUACAUCCAAACAUUUAAAUAUUUUCCUGAUUUGGGCAAAUAUAAUAUUGAAAGUUGCCAGGCUAUGGAGUUUUUUCUAUAUCUGUAAACUCAAAUUUUAUCUUUAGCUGUGGCCAGCAUUUCUUCCUCAAUACAAAUUUACAUUCAAGUUGUCACUUCUUAAAACUAUGCAGUCAGAUUUUGUAUUAGGGUAAAUAAGCAAUAAAACAAGUUCGUAAAUGUGUAAUUCAUAACAGUUGAAAAGAUAACUAUACCUCUGUGUUUGUGUGUGUGUGUGUAUGUGUGCGUGCAUGCGUGCACACACACACGUACUUCCCAACACCCACAUGAUGAAAUGAAGUGUUAUUAAGUUAACCCAUGUUUUGUUGAAGCCACAGAAUAAUUGAGACUACAAGUUGACUCUUUAAUUUUUGUUUUCCUUACUCUCACUAAAGAGAUUUAAAAAAUUUUUGUUUUGAAUACAGUUAUUGAAAAUGUUGGUCUUUUUUUUUUUACAUUCAGUUCUGUUCAUUUUAUUCUUGUAAAUUAAAUUGUUACACUAAUUUUAAUUUUAAAUAUCUUUAAAAGUCAUUAUCAAGACCUUGAUACCAUGUCCAUAAUGCUUGCCCUGAAUUUUCUUGGUCUAGGUAAUAUUUCUGGCUAGGUGUUUUUCUAUAAGAAAUAACAGGGCACCUAGUUCUUAACCUACACAUUGUACCAUGUUGAUCAGGAAUAAGUCAAGAGACCUUUCUCAAAAUGCUCCUGUGUUAAUAAGCAACGUUCAAAUACAGUUAAGUUUAAAUGCCCUGUUUUCAAUCUCAGUUCUUCAAACAUGCCACAUAAAGAUGGCAGCAGAUUCAAUAAGUCAAUGGAAACUCAGCCAUAGAGGGCUGCAUAGAUUCAUUUCAACACCUUGAAAUGCACCUGGAAGCAAAGAUUGCAUUUUAUGUUGAAGGUGUUAAUUAUAUUUGAUAUUUUUUAAAGUAAAAUCUGUUUUUGAGAAAGCAUCUGCUCCCCAGAAAUAUUGUGAGGCACAAAAAAUUGCAUUUAAGUCUUAUACUUUCUGUGGGUGAUAGAAUCAGUUUUCCAAUGAUAGUCUAUGCUGUCUUUUAAUGUUGACAUAUUCUGUGAAUUCUGUUCUCCUAUUGACUAUUGACAAGUAUGGCCUUAAGUGCCUUUCUGGUUCAGUGGAAGAUUUUAUAUUUCUCA